AAAACCACAAUGGAAGUCAGUGAAUAAGCACGUUGAAGUUAUCAUACAACAAAGCCUAUUCAACUUUGCCUCGUACCUGAUGUCAUUGCUUUAAGUGCCUGGGGUAUAAGAGCCAUUGAACAUUUUUAACCACAUAUACCUUGUAAUCGGAAUCUCCAACUUGUAAUGCACACAAUUCAAAUGAAAAUCAAGUGCCGACAUUUGAUUUUAAAUUGUAGCGUGCAAUUUUGCUGCUAGUUUUAGUUUUGGUUUGCAAGCCAAAGUUAUAGGUAAAAAGAACAUGACUAUGGCAACUGCUGUAUUCCUUUUGCUGUGCCUGUCCCUAACUGCUGCUGCCGAGCUGAGGGACUCUGCUGUGAGUACAUCGUCUCCUCGUCACUGUUACAGCUGCGAGGGUAUCAAUUGUCAGCGAACCACAUUGCAAAAUGCUACAGUCCAGUGCAACGAUCUGCUCGACAUUUGUGUGACUGUCUACGAGAGAUUUAGGGUGAUUGAGAGGGGCUGCUUGGUGGAGCUUUCGCUGGCGGCGCAAUCGAAGUGCAAUUCACAGGACAAACAAUGCCAAAAGUGCAGCGGAGAAUUGUGCAAUGAUCAGGGACGCAUCGACUUUCAGUGCAUUCAAUGCAAUGGCUCUGAUGAUUCCAAAUGCAAUUUGGCAGGCGACAGCAUAAUGCCCACCCAAUGCCCUGCACCCACUUCAAAUAACGCCUACUGCUACGUGAAGAACGUUGAUAGCCACCAGCAGCGGGGUUGCGCCUUGAAUGUAAAGGAGCAACAGAGUUGCCUAAAGGACAUCGAAUGCAGCCUUUGCCUACCGGAGAAUGCACACGGCUCCAGUGCCUGCAACAACUAUCAGCUGGAGUACAAGUCUGCAGCGUCACAGGCACAACAAUUACUGGGACUUUUGCUGGGAAUGCUCGGCCUGCUGGCUGUUAAAAUAUUUGACUAGUGUACUCUAUAUAGAUGUAUAAAUUUUGUUGAUUAAAUAAAAAUAAACAAAAUCGAAAA